GUUGUCUGACUGGAACCUGAUCUCUCCCCUCUAACUUCUCUCAACUUCUCAUUCGUAGCACGAUCUUAUUGAUUUUCGUUAGAUCGACUCGCUCUACUGCUCCUCAACAGUUGCAGACAAAUCUGACUUUUGAUAUCAACAGAAAGUCCUUGUUUCUUCAAUUACUUACCGUCUCCGCUUACCACGCUCUUCUCCAAUAAAUCGACUGACCUUACGCGCAAUAGCGUCAUCGUUUCGCUACUCAACAGCCCAAAGCUCCUUACACUAACUCCACUACUGGGGAUCUACGCCUCUCGGCUCUAAACCAGCUGCCAGGUCAAUUCCCUGCCCCUCCACAAUCGAUAAUCGAUCAUCGGCCAUCGACCACAAAGAACCGCGACGAGGCCGACUACACUCCGACUUUUUUCUUUCUCAAGUUAUCUUCUUUCAACCUUUCAAUAUCCCAAAUCUCCCUGUUUGAGAUUAUUUCUUCCCAAUACCGUCAUUAUGCCCGGUGCUGUCGAUGAGAAUGGCCAAGCUGCCCCAGGCCGCCUGUUGCUGCUCUCCAAUCGAUUGCCCAUUACAAUUAAGCGAUCCGAGGAUGGUAGCUAUUCAUUUUCCAUGUCUUCUGGAGGUCUUGUCACGGGUCUCAGUGGUCUCAGCAAAACCACCAGCUUCCAGUGGUAUGGUUGGCCAGGUCUCGAGGUCCCCGACAACGAAGUCGAGGGUAUGAAGCAACGACUGAAAGACGAGUACGGCGCGCACCCGGUUUUUAUCGACGAUGAGCUUGCCGACAGACAUUACAAUGGGUUUUCUAACUCAAUUCUUUGGCCUCUUUUCCAUUACCACCCUGGUGAGAUUACAUUCGACGAGUCCGCUUGGGCCGCAUAUCAAGAAGUCAACCGCCUCUUCGCCAAGACCGUUAUCAAGGACGUGCAGGAUGGUGACCUUAUUUGGGUUCAUGACUACCAUCUGAUGCUCCUCCCUCAAAUGCUCCGUGAGGAGAUCGGCGAAUCGAAAAAGAAUGUCAAGAUUGGCUUCUUCCUCCAUACACCAUUCCCCAGUAGUGAAAUUUACAGGAUCCUGCCUGUCAGAGAAGCACUCCUUACUGGACUUCUUGACUGCGACCUUAUCGGAUUCCAUACAUACGACUACGCUCGUCACUUCCUUAGCAGUUGCUCCCGCAUUCUCGAGUGUCCCACGACCCCCAAUGGUGUCGAUUGGAAUGGCCGUUUUGUGACAGUUGGCGCCUUCCCCAUUGGAAUCGAUCCCGACAACUUCGUUGAAGGACUGAAGAAGCCAAAAGUGCAGGAACGUAUCGCUGCACUCAGCCGAAAGUUCGAAGGUGUCAAGCUCGUCGUUGGAGUCGAUCGCUUAGAUUACAUCAAGGGUGUUCCUCAGAAACUGCACGCUCUCGAAGUGUUCCUGACUGAACAUCCGGAAUGGAUUGGUAAAAUCGUCCUGGUUCAGGUUGCUGUUCCUUCGCGACAAGACGUCGAAGAGUAUCAGAAUCUUCGUGCCGUGGUUAACGAACUGGUCGGCCGUAUCAACGGAAAGUUUGGUACCAUUGAGUUUAUGCCCAUUCACUUCCUCCAUCAAUCCGUCACUUUUGACGAGCUUACUGCCCUGUAUGCCGUAUCUGACGUCUGUUUGGUCUCAUCCACUCGAGACGGUAUGAACUUGGUGUCUUACGAAUACAUUGCGACACAACAGAAGAACCACGGCGUCAUGAUUCUGAGCGAAUUCACAGGUGCUGCUCAAUCACUCAAUGGCAGUCUCAUCGUCAAUCCUUGGAACACAGAAGAGCUUGCCAAUGCUUUACAUGACGCCGUUACCAUGAGCCCUGAACAACGUGAAGCCAACUACAAGAAGCUCGAACGUUAUGUUUUCAAGUAUACAAGUGCUUGGUGGGGUGCUAGCUUUGUCUCUGAAAUGACUCGUCUUAGCACUGAGGGUUCUCAGCCCAAGACUCUGCGCAACGUCUCUGGGGCUGUAAUCGGACUGGAGCAGAAAGCUCAACAGGCUGUCGCUGAUCUUGAGAAGAAAGCCGAGGAACUAUUAACUAUUGACGAGAAGAAGGAAGCCGAUUCACAGACAGAGCCUUCUCAAUAAAAAUUGUCUUGUAGCAGGGAAGGAUAUUGGUGUGCAAGAACGAGUUCACGGUUUGGGUUCAAGCGGUCAUGAUUUGGGAUCUCAUUAUAAACUGUUUUUCUUUUGCUAUAAUAAAAAAUUAUCUUGAUGAAG